AUGUCCGAGAUCUCAUCUCGCCUCCAAGAGGACAAGAAGGAGAAGAAGGAGAACAAGAAGAAGAACAAUAGCAAGGGGGCGACUGCUACGCGGGAAGGACGAAGCGCUACCACGUUGGAGGCGCCCGGCCCAUCGAAGCUGAACAGCAGCAAAUCGAGGUCGUCGAGCGUGCGAAAUGCCUUGACCUGCUUCAUCCCCAGCAGCAAGGAAUCGACCGCCAUGGAUGAAACGAUGAUCGACAAGAAGAAGAUGGGCGACAUGAUUACCCUCGCCGCCGAGGCCGAAGACGACGAUGGCGGAAGCGGCAAGCGCAAAAAGAAGAAAGCCGGCAAGAGCGGAUCUACUUCAUCAUCUUCUUCGUCAUCUUCAUCCUUAUCGUUGCCCGCGUCGCCCACGCGUGCGCCCACCGUCCAUCAUCAUCGGCUCUCGGGCGGUAUGGCCUUUGGCGAUGACCAGCGCGGCCGCGGCGCCGCCGCAAAGAAGCACCGCCGCAACCUGUCGGCGCUCGAGGACCUGCAGUACAACAACGUUGUGGUGGUGGCGACCAACAACGGCACGGCGGCGCCAAUGGCGAUCCCCACGUCCUCCUCAUCGCCCGCCCUCGACGCGCGUCCCUCCAAGAAGAACACGCUGAGCCCGCACAUGAGGAGCUCAUCCGACCGGUUCUCGUACAACAGCAAACACAACAAGGAGAAGCUCAAGACGACCAAGGGCGGCGGCCGGCCGAACGAGCGCAACAGCAACGAACUCGCCGACCGACGGUCGUCGGGCCUCGCCAAGGAGAGCCGCACCGGCAACCGACACCGUUCCUCCUCUUCAUCAUCCGCGUCGUCUUCUUCUUCUUCGUCGUCCAGCGGCGACGAAGGCAGCGGCCACAAGAAGAAGAACAAGAAGAAGGAGAAGAAGAACAAGAAGAAGGACAAGCAGCGACAGCAGCAGCAGCAGCAGCAGCUGGGGUCGCCCAACUCGAAGGUGAUGACCGCCAGCAUGAGCUGGCGCGCCAAGAAGACGAGCCAGAGCGGCUCCGCCACCCCCGCGCCCGGCCCUGGCACCCAGAUUAUCAUCAGUCCGCGCAAACCGGCGCCGGCCUUCCCCAAGAGCAAGCAGAGGCUUUCGUUCUCGGGCUGGCUGACCCACUUCAAUGUUCAGCUCAACCCCGGAGCGGCGGAGAAUGGACCCAAGCGGAAAUACAAGGAGGGGACGGUGGAGGGCUUCCUGGAGGACAUCCAGCUGGACGAGCACGUCAACGAGCUGGUCAAGGUGCGAGGCAUCGCCUCCAUGGAGCGGCUGUUCGAGGUCACGACCCAGCAGUUCUACGACAUGGACAUCCCCACCUCCGACCUCCGGCUGCUCAUCGAAGAAAUCGGCAAACGCAAGAACCCGCCGGCAGUGGAGUCGCCCACCCCGCAAGGCGACAAGCCCGCCACGCCCCGGCAGAAGACGCCCCGAGCCCACAACAACUCCGCCGCCCAGCCGGACGCGACGGCGGCCGGCGGGGAGGAAGUGGCGGCGACGGAGACGAAGAGGAAGAGGAGGUCGACCAGGUCGGAGAAGCGACGGCUCGAGAAGGAGGCCGACGAUGCGGCGGUGCUGCAGGCCUUGGAGCAGCGGCUCGGGGAGGAGGCCGACCGACGCGCCCGGGCCGAGCAGGAGAGAGACGAGGCCCUGCGCGCGCUCGAAGCCGAGAGGCAGCGGGCCGGCGACGUGGAGCGGAAGCUGGCGGAGGCCCUGGCGCGCAUCCAGGCCCUCGAACAGAGCCUGGCCGCCGCCCAAGCCACCACCGCGGAGUCGACGAAAAAGAAAACGAAGGCGCCCAAGAAAACGAAAGCGAAAGCGAAGGCCAAGAAAGAGAAAGAAAGAGACGCCGCGACGGAAGACGCCGCGCGCAGCCGCCGCCGCCGAUGGUGCCAAGCAAGACGCGGCGUGGCGAAGGGGGAGCACGAUGACGUCAGCAAGGCCAAGGAGGCGACAGCGACCACCUCAGCACCGGGCGAGACUGCGGAGAAGGCCCACGGCGACGGGGACCGAGACGCGCCCGAGACGCCCGCCGAGGGCGAUGGCGAGGGCGAGGGCGAGGGCCUGAUCCAGUACCACUACCCGCUGCCCAUCCGGGUCCCCUCCGGGCGGGUCAACCGGCUCAGCACCCGGCUCUCGCUCAAGGCCAAGUCGCCCGCAAGCCCGCGCGGAGCCAGCCCGCGCACCGUCGUCAACACCAACUCCUCCGAGGGGCGGAUGCGGCAAGCGGAGAAGGAGACGUUCGAGCAGAAGCAGAACGACAUUCGGCAUUGGAUCGAGGAGGCCACCAAGGAGUCGUUCCCCUCCGCCGACUUCUUCAAGUCCCUCCGAUCCGGCGUACUCCUGUGCAAGCUGCUCAAUGUCAUCUCGCCGGGCAUCGUCAAGGAGGUGCACGUGGGCGACAUGGUCUUCUACCAGAUGGAGAACAUCACCUACUUCGUCCAGGGCUGCCGCAAGCUCGGCGUCAAAACCGUCUUCGAGCCGGCCGAUCUGUACCACGGCAAGAACCUGGAGGCGGUGCUGUCGUGCCUGGACGCGCUGGACCGAUGGUCGCGGCGGAGCACCACCUACAAGGGACCCUUCCUGGUCCGAUCGACGUCGCACUCGCAGUUCAUCCGGUCGCUAAGCGGCAAGCUGAUGCUCGACAAGGACGUCAUCACCGCCAAGAAGGACAGCUCCAGCGAGAUCCGGCCACCCACCCGCGUCGUCGCCGCUGCCAACCCCAACUGA